GGGACAGAGCAGGGAUUCUGACCCAACCCGGAGUAAGAGCUCUGAUGCUGGUGGAGGAGUCUGGACUGUGGUUCUAAAAGUGGGAAGCCCUUCCCUACACUGCAGACAUCCCUUCCAGAAGCAAAGGAGGUGUUCCUGAUCUGGACCUCUGAAGGACCAAAGCUGGCAGGAGGAGGGGGAGGUUUCCCAGAAACCUGCCAGCCCUGUCAGGGCCAGGCUUCCCUAAGCGCAGACAACCUUAGUCGGGAAUCAUAUGUCAACAAAGGUCUGUUUGCUCCAGAGCACAGCCAAGAGAGCAAAGAAAUGAUUCCAUCCAGGUGUAGCUGGUUCGCUCAUGGGUGAACCAAUGAGUGUAUUGGGGUCACUUCGGGAACUUAUGUGACCCAAAGGCAAGCAGCUGCACCGCUGACAAACACACCCAGUAUGGGUUCUGAUUCAUCCCGUACAGCUUGCAGGUGGCUCCAUUCCAGAUUUCUGUCCCUAGUCAUUGUUUAAAGCAACCUUAAAAUCUUGCAACUUUCUGAGGAGACUCUCACCUCCCAGCAAGAGGUUGAUGCUUGGAUGUCAGGGGGAGUAGCUGCUUCGCAACAACCAGGAACCUACAGGGUUCCUCUGUAGCUUUGGAGCCUGUCCUGGAACUAGCUCUUGUAGACCAGGCUGGCCUCGAACUCACAGAGAUCCACCUGCCUCUGCCUCCGGAGUGCUGGGAUUAAAGGCGUGCGCCACCAGGAAUGAGAUUAAUUUUCAUAACAUUUUUUUGUCUAUAUGGGCAGGCGCAUGCCAUGGCACAUGUAUGGAGGUAAGAAGCCAAUUCAUGGAGUCAGCUCUCUCCUUCCACCGUGUAGACCCUGAAAAUUGAACCCAGGUUGUCAAGCUUGGCCAUCUCACAGGCCCAGGGGUCGGAUAACUAAGGAAGGCCCGAUGGAAGUUUUAGUCUCUUAGCAGGCGAGCAUUUUCCUGUCGUCCAUAAUCGUUCAAAAACUGCCUUCCGCAGCACUCUGGGGUGUGGUCUUUGGGGGGAAGAAAUAGCACAGUUGUCACACAAGCAGAUGGGAAUUCAGAUGGAGACCUGCCAGACAUCCUGGCUGGCUUAGUACUGAUGGCCAUUCAUUGAGUGCUGUACUGAGCAUUUAACAUGCACUGUCCUGUGUCGCCCUAGUGACGGCAUGGUAGGGUAACUCUAUGCCGCCAUGUUUAUCAGGUUAGGACAAGAGGCACAGAGAGGUUAAGUAACCAGGGUGAGGCUCCAGAGUACAGGAGAAUCCCGGUGAUGAUUUGAAUUCAGGCCUCUGUGACAGGUUCCGUCCCUCAUCUUUUGUCAUUGAUCCUUUCACUUCAGGUAGAACCUAGCCUGAGCAUCUCCUGUGAGUAUCUUCCAGCCCAGAGCCAGUGACAAGCUGUGAAAAGCUGAGACCCAUGCCCCAGAUGGCAGAGACUAAAGACCCCAUUCAGCUUCGGCUGCUCAGCCUGGAGCUGCUGAAGCAGCUGUGGGCUGGGCACGAUGCCAUGUGUCGGUCAGUGGCCAGAGCAGCAUCAGAGUCAAACCUGGACUAUAGCAGCAGCGGCAACUUAGAGAUGCCAGUGUCCCAAGAGAGUUCCUCCAGCUCCUCAGUGGCCCCGAGCUCACAGGACAAAAGACAGGAGUGGGAUCCACUGGACAGUCAUCGAGGAGCCACAUCUGAAAGGUCCUUCUAUGGCAAGGACAGCUUCAGGGUGGACUCUUUACCAUCUGCCCCUUGCCAACACCGGGAGCCCCAGGAUGAACGGCAGCCCCCCUCAGUACCCUUGCUAGCCACUGAAGGUCUGAAGAGGCCACCAAAAGGUCUGGGACCUCACGAAACACAGGUUCCAAAGUCCAUGCUAUCACGACCAAGCAAGCCAUCUAAGCCCAAAGUGACCUUCUCCCAAGAGUCUGCAAUGCCUGAGAGCAGGUGGCGCUUCCGGCCAUACCUGGGCUAUGAUUGGAUUGCAGGGUCCCUGGACACUAGUUCUCCUGUUACCAGCGAACCCGAGGCCUUCUUCUCCAUGCUUCAGAAGUUCCGAGAAGCCAACAGAGAGGAUUGUGUCUGCGACUCUCCUGAAGCUGUGUUCCCAGGCCUGCAGGAGAGCAGCGGUGUGGAAGAGAGCCACCAGUGUGUGUACUGUUACCGUGUCAACCGGCGCCUGUUUCCUGUGCCAGUGGACCCAGGUACCCCUUGCCGCCUAUGUGGGAUACCCCGGGACCAACAGGGACCUGAGACUCUGGCGGAGCCCGCGCAGGUUAGGGUGAGCAUCCCCUUGUCCAUUCUGGACCCCCCACACCGCUAUCGAAUUCAUAGACGGAAAAGCUUUGAUGCCUCUGACACCCUGGCUCUGCCUCGGCACUGUCUGCUGGGCUGGGAUAUCCUCCCUCCAAAGCCUGAGAAAAGCUGUGUCCCCAAGAGUCUUGACCUCUGGUCCUCUGUCUCCUGUGGAGCGCAGCGCCGACAUCUGUCAGCCACCAGCCCAUCCCGCCUGGCCUUGCCAGCACAGGUCCCACCACCAAUCUGGUCAGAGUCUCAGGUUUCCCAGCUCCGUCCCGCCCACUAGAAGCCCUGCGGACUGACCACUCAGAAGGGAACAGUUCUCUACCGGUGCCAUCACCCUCCCCUGAGGAGGCAGCACCUGAGAGAUGGAUGUACGCCCCUACAAUGAGGCUGUAACCUGACAAGACAGAAGUGCUGUGCUGUUGAGAUGGGAGGGUCCAGGCCUGGCGCUAGCCCAUCCUCCCUCCUCCUGGGGUAGGAACUCAAGGGUGGAGGGGGCGGAGACUCUGUCAGUAGUAUGCAAAUAAAACUCAGGGCCCUAUACUUCCCAUCCCCACAUAGCUUGCCUUUCCUGCUGGUCCCCUUGAUGUCCAGGUGUCCUGGUCACAACUGGCUUCACUUUGCCUAAGAGAGACACUGGCUACCUGGAGGUGAGCACCCAGUGAGCACCCAUUACUUGGAGUGUGGCUUCUUUUUUGUAUACUUUUUGCCAUAGAGUCUCACAUGGCCUAGGCUGGCCUGGAACUCACAAUCCAAGGAUGACCUUGAACUGCUCCAAUUCUCCUGCCUCCACCUCCUGAGUAUUAGGAUUAUAGGCAUAUGCCACUGGAUCCUACUUGGGCUUCUAGCUUUUUCUGUAGCUCUCAGAUCUAGAUAGAGGCCGUCUACCAGACAAAUGGGGUGGUUCCCCAAGGCAGGCUAGAACCAAGGUCAGUGUUACAGUACCUCAGGCCUGGGGAGAUGGCUCAGUGGGUAAGAAUCUUGUUAUGUAAGUUUGAGGACCUGAGUUCAAAUCCCCAGGACCCAUGUAAAAGCCAGACAUGUACUGAGUGUCUGUAAUCCUAUGGGGGGGAUGAGAGGUAAAGAUAGAGGAAUUCCUAGCCUGGCUUACACAUUGGAAAAACAACAAAGAAACUCCUUACCUCACGAUGGAAGGUAUAGAUCAACACCCAGUGUGGUCUUCUGACUUUUUUAUGCACACCAUGGCAUGGAUGCACCUGCAUUCACACGCACAAACACACACACAUAUACACACACACAUAUACACACACACACAUGCACAGACUCACUAAAAAUGUGUCUCAUAUCGAAUAAGUGAGCUCUGUCCUUGAUCUCAACAGAAGGGUUCUCUUGAGGUCCCUGGCAUCUCCAUGCCCUUUUCUGGGCCCAGUUCUAGAAACGGGGCGGCUCACAACCCUAGGAAGGAUAAGUUGAGAAGCUGCACAUCAGAACAGAGCUGGGAGGUGUUAGGGAGUGGGAUCCUGUUUCUCCCAUCCCUUGUGUGCUUUGGGUUGCGUAAUAUUACAUUUCAGCCUUGUGGGCUGGAGAGUUGGCUCAGAGGUCAAUAGGUCCUGAGUUCAAUUCCCAACAACCACGUGGUGGCACACAACCAUCUAUAAUAAGAUAUGGUGUCCUCUUCUGGCACUCAGGCAUAUGUGCAGGCAGAACACUGUAUACAGAAUAAAUAAAAUCUUUAAAAUAAAAAUUUUCAGCUUUGGGACUGAGUGAUGGCUCUCACUUAAAAGCACAUAGUAUUUGUGUUUGAGUGAGAUGAU